UUUCCAAGGAAUCUAUGAGCCACUUGCGGCGAAGGUUGGCCUGUUGUAGUUCCUGUCAUGUUGAUUCUAAACCUCUAAAUAUCACUGAUUGUGUUGACAGAUUAAGGGGUCAUCUCAAAGGUAUUGUACCGUAUGACAAAUAAAAUAAUAAAUCUCUGAAGCAGGCUGGUUUAGCUUCACUUUGCCCAUUCCGCCCUUUUAAGGGAAAGAGAGAGGAGGGGAUGAUUCCAAUUCAGUUUUGGCCGCUGACUUUUAACCAUUAUGAAUUAGAACUCAGCACCGUUCAAAGACAGUCGGACAGACGUCUACGACGACGACGACAAGGAUGGUGGACCGAUCAAAACGAGUAUACUAAGCAGACAGGAAAGACAGCUGAUCGAUCCUCGUAACGCCGGAAGUGACAGAAUAUCGAGUAGAGCUACCUUUAGACAGACGCCUCAAUGGACUCAAGGGGAGAGAUCGACGAGCGGGCGAUAGAAAGUGACGAUAUCGAAACUCAACACUUUGAGGAAGGAGAGAGAAUUGAAAAAUCUAGAACAUCGGCAGAAACCUCCCAGUACAACAAUCCAGUAGACCAUGGUUGGGCAUGGAUGGUACUUUUAGGGUGUUUUGGAAUCAGCGUCCUUAUUUUAGGGGGUUUGAAAUCUUUUGGCGUAAUCUAUGUGGAAUUGGCCAAGAAAUUCCAGGUUUCCAACCAAGCCCUGUCCAGCAUUCAGUCUUUGACCGGAUUCUUUUUCCUUUUCUUAGCUCCUCUUAGUAAUGCUUUGAGUACCAGAUUUACUCAUAGAGUGGUGAUAUUUACUGGCGGGAUAAUUACCAGCUGCGGCCUGAUAUUGUCAUCACAAGCGCCCUCUGUCACCGUGUUGUAUUUCACUUAUGGUCUUAUAACAGGUAUCGGAUAUAGUUUAUGCUUUUCAUCAACAAUGGUUAUGGUAGCCAAUUACUUCGCGAAAUACCGUUCAUUCGCAACAGGAUUUGCCCUAUCUGGUGGCGGAUUUGGGUCCAUGACUUUGCCUUACCUCAUCCGGUACUUCAUCAAUCAGUACGGACUUGAAGGCGCCAUGAUUAUACACGCAGGAAUGAUGAGUAAUAUUUGUGUUUUUGCCAUGCUUCUCCGUCCUUUUACUAACUAUCCCCUGAGGAAAACACAUGAUAUCUGCAUCCAAGAAGAUAAUAUAAUGGAAUUAGAUUCGCUCAUACCUCGUGGUGAAUCUGCAGAUAAUGGUAAAGGCAGCAGCAUCGAAAACACGACCGUAUCCCCACACCAUCCUAACAGUGGUCUAGUGAACCCGAGUAAGCUCCAUCCUGACGACCAGACCGAAAGCGACUUGCACCUCUCCAAAGAGAGUGUUAAUGUUAUAGCCAAGAAGAACAAUUUUCUACAUGAAAUUAAUUGGAAACUUUUUCUAAGCCCUGUUUUCAUUGUUUUUUUCGCAGUCAUAUUUUUUGCAAUGAUUAGCUACCAUAGUUUAUUUAACAUAGUUCCUCCAUAUGCUGAUGAGCUAGGAUUAUCGGGUGAGGAUGGGGCACGGAUUUUAUCAAUAUUUGGAGCAACAGACCUAAUAGGACGAAUAGCAUUCGGUGUAUUAAUGGAUAUAUUCCCAAAUCCAAAACACCAUCACAUUAUCUUCACCACGUGUGUUGCUGUUUCUACUGUCGGAGUGAUCCUGACGUCAUUUUUUCAAUCUCUGCUAAGUAUUUCCCUAUUUAUGGCAUCUUAUGGUUGUUUUACUGGAGGAUACAACGGAACCGAUGUGGUAGUACUUGUUGAUAAAGUUGGCCUGAAAGUGUUGCCAAGUGCUUGGGGAUUUAUCUGCUUAUCGGCUUCCAUUGCCAUGCUAAUCAACCCUUGGGCAUCAGGUCUCAUAAAGGAUGGUACUGGAACAUGGGCCAAUGCCUUUCGGUUUACAGGGUCCAUGUCAGUCAUCGCAGUGAUCCUGUUGUUGAUAUUGCCUUGUAUAGAGAGAAGAUACAACCGGAGGAACACGGCUCGUGUUUAAUCAGCAUGAUACUACUGUUUAAGUUGCCUUGUAUAGAGAAAAAAUACAACCGGAGGAACACGGCUCGUGUUUAAUCAGCAUGAUACUACUGUUUAAGUUGCCUUGUAUAGAGACAAAAAUACAACCGGAGGAACACGGCUCAUGUUUAAUCAGCUUGAAUAGAGAGAUGAAACUAAAGGAGAAAGUCUAGUAAGGAUCCUAAUCUCUGCUCCGUCUCACUCAGUGUACGAUGAAUCUUCGAAAUUGCUUAAUCCGGUGGCCCUACAUGGGAUCAUUAUACAAUUUGACGUGGGUGGAGGAUGUUAUGAUUUGACUCCAUCACAUUUGAUGCGUUUGAUUCGUCACUCUAACACAACAGGCGGUCGUGUAACGCUGAUAUCAAACUAUAGUGUCACCUGUUAUCUUGCAGUUUACACAAUGACUCUAAUGGCGCUCUCCGGAUUAUUUCAUUUGUUUAAGUGAGUUGAUGUGGUGUUAUUGUUUUUGCAAAUAAAGUUUGAUUUUAAUAA